CUACUGUCAAAAUAUGAAAAGUAAAAACAAACUGUCAAAGUCAUCCUUCAAUUUCAAGUAACAUUCGCUUUAUUAUUAAGAAGUUUGUAAUUAAGAUUUGCAAUGUUUACCAGACAAAGUGCAUCACUUGUUGAAAAAAUAAUACGGUCACAAAUACCCACAUUAAAUAGGAUAGCCAACAGACGUACUUUGUUGCCUCGAACAAACGUGCCACCUCUUCUUUCACUACAAACAGCAUCGAUAUCUACCACUGACUGUUGUUAUGCAAAAAGUAAAGACAAGAAAAAGGAGAAAGGAAAGAAACCCGCCAAGGUGGAAAUAAAUGAGACCCUCUUGCGCGAUAUCAUAAAUUUUGAUUCGGUAAAUGCACAGAUGCAAAAAGCAGUGCAACAAAUGAAGGAGGACUUCAUAAAGCAUUUAUCUUUACGUUCAACCACAGGUGCCAUUGAUACACUGCGCGUUAUUGUCGAUGGUACGGAACAUGAACUCCAGGAGUUGGCGCAAAUCUCACGUAAAAAUCCAAAAACUAUUGUUGUGAACAUGAUAGCAUUUCCCCAAACCAUACCGGACGUUUUGAAGGCAUUGGAAAAGAGCGGCAUGAAUUUAAACCCACAACAGGACGGUACAACGCUUUUUAUACCCAUACCCAAAGUAACAAAGGAACAUCGUGAGAACCUUUCCAAAAAUGCAAAAAAUUUGUUUAUCAAAUACAGGGACUCCAUUAAGGACAUUCAAAAUAAUUGCAUUAAGAAAGUUAAGAAGCAAACAGAUAUUUCAAAAGAUGACGUUUUCGCUGUUCAGACUCAAGUUACCGCUAUAGCAGAUAAAUAUAUUUCCGAAGCGGAGAAAAUCUUGCAAGUAAAGCAGAAGGAAUUACUUGGGGAUUCGUAGUCGCGCCACAUAUUUGUUAUUAAAAAUGAAAAAACAUUUGUUCUGUAAAAUGAUUGGAAACGUUGGAGAGAACUAACUAUUAAUAAAUUCUACACUAUUAUGUCAAA